GGGCACAUGUGCAUCUUCCUCCAAAAAUUCCAUUGCAAGCUGAACCCAAUCGAGUUUUUCUGGGGUCGGGUUAAGAAGUAUCUUCAUGAUAAUUGUGAUUACAUGUUUGACACAUUGAAGAAGAACAUGUCACUUGCGCUCACAUCUGUAUCUGUCAACACCAUCCGAUUAUGGCAGCAUUGA